GUGGAGCCGUCGAGCAAGAGCACUCAGUUGGAAGUGAAAGGAGUGACAUUCGCGAAGGAGGCGGUCUGUUGCCGAGGUUCUGAGACUUUCUUGAGAAUGCCAGCACUACCAAAACUUCAAGAGCCCUGUGGUGAAUGUAAAGCAGCACAUCGUGUUCCAUAAUUGGUGACACUUGAGAUUCAAUCUUAAUGACUGUGAUCGCCAUCUGGCUAAAUUAUCGAAAGCAACUCUUGUUUAAAUGUGUUGAAACACACAAGGUGUAUAUUUGGAAUUGAGCUUCGUCCCACGACGUUAUCCCUACUCUGGGUGUUCCACAUUUUAAAUUGUUUAAAAUGCUGCAAAAAAUUAAGCAUACAGGCAACGUGGAAUUAUAAAAAGAGACUUCAGAUCCAGUUUUAGUGCAGAGCUGCUUGUUAAUUAAGUUACCUGUGUUUUUAAUCGUGCAUGAGCAGCUCCCAGCAGUGAAAGAAAUGACUGGGGCCUUUUUGUUCCUCCCAGUGAGCCACUGUGUUAAUAGACUAUGACAAGCUAUCGACCUGUUCAAAAUGAAAAGGUGGAGGUUGGUGGAAUGGUCAUAAGUGGAGUGGACUUUCUUGAAGGUACGAACACAUGUGAUUACUAUGCAUCUCCAUUCAGGGUCCAGAAUGGGAACAUUUGCUCUCUGGGUGACAACGUACCCCGUGCAAAUUCAACUCCUGCCAUGCCAAAAAUGGGAGUCCGAGCUCGAAUUGCUGACUGGCCCCCGAAGCGAGAUGUAACGAAAGAUGCUGCGAGGGACUUGGGUGGAUCAAUGGUGGACACUGAAUUUGCACGUUUUCAUAGCGGGCAGUAUUGCCUCAACUAUGACAAUGCUUCCCAUCGCCCUCAGGCCCGAGGCCUGCACCACACACCUCAAGGGAAGUCAAAAGAAGCAGAGUUCCAAGGUCACUGGCCCAGGUCUCCAGCCAAAAUGUUUGCUCCGUUGAGAGUUCGAAGUAACAGUGAAGUUACACUCAAUGAACAUGAUGCAGAAGGAGCCCUAGACCUUAAAGGGAGUGGAAUGCUACCCUUAAGGGAAUAUGGUAGCACUUCAUCCAUAGAUGUUAAUGGAGUGUCAUCUGAAAGCUUUUUUGAUAUGUUGAAGGAGUUCAAAAAUGAGAAGAUUGAUCAACGGAGUUCAGUACCCGAGAACCUCAAGAAGCUCCUUCGAGCUGAUGUCAGCAUGGCCUCCAAUCUGAAUCUGGCAGGUAACAGCAAGACUGAUGACAGUCAAAGUGAAUCAUCUCAGAGAGAUGAACUGUCAAGCACGUGCAAGGAUCGAGAGAAAUCACGUAAAAAGCCGUCUCGGAAUGAAAGUGGUGAAUCAAUCUUGAAGAAACUGCGCAGCAACAAAAGUGAGCAUGAAUCUGGGAGAUCCAGCUCAGACAAUGAAGACAAUAAAUCCCAAGAUAGCAUCAAGCCAUGGGUUUGUCCGAAGAGCUUUGCACAUUUUGACGUGCAGAGUAUACUAUUUGAUCUCAAUGAAGUGGUGAGCAACAGGAACUAUGUACCUUACCGGAGAAACACCACAACUGGUGCCUCAGCUGCAUCAGCUGCUUCACUUGCUGUGUCUCGUUCUCAUGCUCUGGGAGGUCCGGAUUCAAACUUCACUAGCACUGAGGAGGUGAACGGCAAAGAGAAUCUGGAGCCAGAUCUUGGUGACAGCAAUUGCAACGAUCUGCUCCUAAACUGUCCUCAUUUCCGCAAUGAAACGGGUGGGAUUUGUGAACACAAUAUAAGCUUAUCAAAGGCUAGUAUGACUGCAGAUUGUGAAGGUGGAUUUCCGAAGGUGGUUUGGAACCCAUACUGCACAAAUGCGAGUGUUUCUGAACUAGAGGUCCCAAAAGAGAGGCAACUCCGUCAGGAAAGACUGAAGCAAUUCAGCAUCGAGCACAUGGAUCGGGGAGCCAAAUACUAUCAGGAUUAUUUCCAUGGGAAAGAACACUGGAAUUAUUUUGGAGUGGAUGAAAAGCUGGGCCCAGUGGCAGUGAGCAUCAAGAGGGAAAAGCUGGAGGACAGCAAAGAACAUGGACUUCAAUAUGUCUACCGAAUAAUCUUCAGGACAAGUGAGCUCAUUACAUUAAGAGGAGCAAUCCUGGAGGAUGCAGUUCCAUCAACGUCAAAACAUGGUACAGUGCGAGGGCUCCUGCUGAAAGAGGUAUUAGAAUCUGUAAUACCAGAACUGAACAUUCAGUGUCUGCGGCUGGCAUUCAGCACUGUAAAAGUCACAGAACAACUGCUGAAACUGGAUGAACAAGGGCUAAGCAGAAAACAUAAAGUCGGUAUCCUGUACUGUUUGGCCGGCCAGGGCACUGAGGAAGAGAUGUACAACAAUGAAGAAGCAGGCCCUGCAUUUGAGGAAUUCCUGGAGCAGCUUGGAGAAAAAGUACUUCUUAAGGGCUUUACAAAAUAUGCAGCUCAACUGGACACGAAAACUGGCUCGACUGGUACGCACUCUUUGUACACAACUUACCAGGACUAUGAGAUCAUGUUCCAUGUGUCCACCAUGCUUCCAUACACCCCCAACAAUCGGCAGCAGCUCCUCAGGAAACGACACAUUGGCAACGACAUCGUUACCAUCAUUUUUCAGGAACCGGGGGCACUACCAUUCACGCCAAAGACUGUACGCUCUCAUUUUCAGCAUGUGUUUGUCAUUGUCAGGGUCCAUAAUCCAUGCACUGAGAAUGUGUGUUACAGCGUGGCAGUGACCAGAUCCAAGGAUGUCCCACUCUUUGGGCCACCCAUUCCAGAUGGCUUCUUUUUCGGCAAAUCUGAUGUUUUCCGAGACUUUCUGCUGGCCAAGGUCAUCAACGGAGAAAAUGCGGCACACAAAUCGGAGAAGUUUCACGCUAUGGCAACUCGGACUCGACAUGAAUACUUGAAGGACCUGGCGGAAAAUAGUGUCACAAACACCCCUGUGGAAUCUGCUGGAAAAUUUAACCUCAUUUUAUUGACCACCAAAAAGAAGGAGAAAACAAAGCCCCGGGUGGGGGCUGAGCUGUACAGUGCUGGGGCUAUUACAUGGCGGGUUUACGCGCAGGAUUACAGCCAAGGAAUUGAGGUGGAGUGCAUUCUUGGGAUCUCAAAUGAAUUUGUUGUGGUUAUCGAGCAAGGAACCAAGGAGAUGGUGUUCAACUGCUUUAGUGGGGAUGUCAUAGGCUGGACCCCUGAUUCAUCGACGAUCAAAAUUUUCCACGGGAGAGGUGACUACAUUCUUGUAAGAGUGUUAGAGGAGAAUGUGAAUGACAUUAAGGAAAUUGUUCAAAGGUUGAAGAUUGUAACAGAAGGAUGUGAAACCAUUGACAUGACUCUGCGGAGGAACGGGCUCGGGCAACUUGGGUUUCAUGUCAAAUAUGAUGGCACAGUGGCAGAAGUGGAAGAAUAUGGAUUUGCUUGGCAAGCUGGACUGAGACAGGGAAGCCGACUGGUUGAAAUUUGCAAAGUGGCUAUAAUAACGCUGACUCAUGAUCAGAUGAUUGAUCUUUUGAAGACAUCAGUGACUGUGAAGGUGGUCAUUAUCCUACCCCAUGAAGAUGGGAGCCCUCGCAGGGGUUGCUCGGAGUUGUACAAAAUGCACACCAUGGACAUGAAAGGUGAGAAUGACAACAUACCACAUGGAUUGAGACCACCCUACAGAACCAACGCUCUGCAGUGGAGCAGUCCCACAAUUCACAGUGCAUCACUGUCUCAGCGUUGGACAGGAUCUACACACAAUCCGAUAUCAAACUGGAGCCAGACCUCCAAACAACAGGGAGUCCCAGUUGCGUAUAGUGAUUCACAAGCCAAGAACAAGCGACCAGUUAGCUACCCAGAAACUCUGUACAGUACAGCAUCCACUGCUGCAGUUGAAAGAGGUCAGCCAUUUCGUAACCCUUCCGGAAGCUUCUCUUCACCGGCAUCGGGAGGUAUUCUAUCCAGUCGACAAAAAGCUAUUAACGACAGGUUUGGUGGAGGAGCAAGCCAACGCCCAGUUGCGCCUUAUGAGUAUCACAACAGAGAUGAUGUGAUGUCAAGUGGUGACUCUUCAUCUGGAGGAUUAACCAGCCAGGACAGCACAAUUGAGCGAAAUAAGAAUGAUCCUGUGUGGCACGUACCAACCAUGCCCAAAGUGUACUCACCUUCUGGAAACAAUAUCAAUAAGCGUCUCCCUAGACAAGAGCUAGCAGGCAAGGAUUCCCCCAAUAGACAUUCCAAAGGUGAUGCUCACUACUCAAGCCAGUCAAGUAGCAAUACUCUGUCUAGCAAUGCCUCCAGCAGCCACAGUGAUGAAAGAUGGUCUGACCAUAUGGAGGUUGACCUUGAGACCUCUGCGAAAGGAGCAUCCAGUGACAGCGGCAUUGACACCACCCUUCAUGCAUCUAGUUCAUUUGCUUCAGGCACAGCAACAACUAAAUCCGCAAGACCAGCACCGCAGAGAGAGAAACCCCAGAAACCAAUGCAGACCUCAGCCACCUACUGUGGACUGCAGGAGUACAACAGCCGGGUAUUCGACCGGACACCGCCUCACUUGGAGAGGAGGAGGGACUCCUCACCAACACUCGGCACCAAUGGCCAAAAUAAAGGAUAUAGAAUGAAAAUCUGUGGUCCUUCUAACAACAGCAGCACCAGCUUCAGCGUGAACAGUAAUGAAAACGUGCAUCUGAGGUAA